UCGUCGAAUGUCCGUUGAAAUUGAGAAAAUGAUUGGGAUGACAUACCUGGAGACAUGACGCGUCGUCCUGCGUCCUUUGUCCCGCGACUUGCAAGAUUCAGCGUCCAGUUCCGACUGCUCCAGAAACUCCAUCGUGGCACUGACAUUGAUACGCGACAUUGACACUGACACUCGCGCAGAUACAACUCGGCCGAUGAAACAAACACGUGUUAACUGACGCGACACCGACGAGAUACUGAUUCAAUAUUUGGAUCACCCGACAGAAAUCGCAGAUGAAACACUGACGCGUCUCGCGCCGCGGUGUACGUCCUUUUCGCUCGUCGACUCGAAACACAUAAUAUUUCGGACAAGGGAAGGUGCGCGACAUUAUCGAAACAAUUGGCAGGCAAAACAAUCGAAGGGUACAACCGUCAACCUGGCCAAUCGUCAACGGCACGCGCUUGCUCGUCGGUUCAAAACACAAUGAUUCGAGCACAGAAAGGUAUGAGAUAGAAGUAUCAAUGCCCGAACACGUACGGGAACGUGCUGUACCUUGGACCUCUUUUGACAUUUCCAUUUUUAUUUUUGUUAUUUUAAUUGGCAGAUAAUAUAGAAGACACACAUACAAACCACAUGGCUCUGUAACCUUCAUAGAUAAGAAGUCUCGCGGCAAACACAAUGAAUUAUCAUAUUAGCAAUGUGAAAAGUCAUUAGAUAACCUAUAUGGAUCCAAAGUACAAUAGACAGAGAAUCAUUUUACAUACAUCGCUCUUUGUACCUGAAUAGAAAUGUUGAUUCUGUAUUUAAUUCUUAAGGUGUCGUAUAUCUUUAAUAAAUUCGCACUCGGCUGCACUUUAUUUCCCAAUAAAAAAAAGGUACAGUAGGUCCAACAUACAGCACCUUCCCCUGCCUAAUCCUGGACAUUCUUACUGGACUCUAUAUAUUGAAUACACACAUUAAGAAAAAAUCUGUAAAAAAUAACAAAUAUUUAUUCGAAGUAGGUACACUAACAACAUAUUUACUUGGUUCUAAAUUCUUUUAUUUAAGUAGAAUAAACAAUUACUUUCAUGAGAAAAGCUAGCAGCAUUUAAGAAAAUGUAUAUUUUCUUACUUUGAAAGAUAUUUUGUAUUGGUAUAAGUGAACACGCGUUGUUAGUACCCAACGAAUUUUAAACACAUUUGUAUUCAAAGAUGAAAACAAUCACAAUGUUCAGAAUUAGACACGUGUCCGGAAACUGUUAUCGUACACAACGUGCGAGACGAUUGGCAAAAACGUUCAUGCCCAACCGCAAUCGCCUGCCAAUAACGCACACAUAAUCUCAACGAUGACAACAAUUUUCCAAAGCAUUCCGCCAGUGUCCCACCUGGAUUCCGUCGUCGUCUUUUCUCCGUUUCUGUUUGAAGUUUCCUUGUCGUCGUCUCGAAUCUAAAUUUAAAUCUUUAUCGAUAUUAUUGGCGCGCUAUUAUUGAGACUUAUAUGGAGGAAACCGCGGUGAAUAAACAUUCGUGGUGUUAUCGAACGACAAUUGUGCUUCUGUACACUGUUACACCUCGACACUCUUUGUUGGUUCUUCGAGUUGGAUGAAAUUCGCGGUGUUAAUGUGGAAAAUUAUGAUCCGACUGUGUACUUACUUGAUGCAGUCGGCGAACGGAAUCGGUGGCGGCGGCGGCUCGUACACCGCCGGAGGUGGGACCGGAAGUCGCACUCGCGAUUUGGGCUUGCGCGCCCAGAAGAAGCUGCUGGGUCGCAUAGUGUCCACCGGGGCUGGUCGGUCGCUCUUCAUCGACGACGCCACGGCAUCGUUGCUCGACAACCUGUACAAGCUGAUGGAGAGCAUCGCCAAGAGCAACCCUCAUUUGGACAAGAAGGAACCCGAGAAAGUCCUGAAGAACAUCGUCAAGUUAUCCAUUAAGAUCGGGCUCGUGCAACGCAGCCACCAAUUCCGUCCCAUCGACGCAGAGAAGCUGGAGGAGAUCCGGGAGGCUCUGGGGGCAAUGACGAUGACCGUCGUCUCGUUCUACGAGGUGGACUACAGUUACGACCAGGAAUACCUGUCGGGGUCCCUGGAGCGUUGCCGGUCUCUGAUACAGGAGCUGAUAAAGCCGCAUCUCACCGACAAGUCGUCGCAACGUUGCGAUCAGGUGUUCGAUUUCCUGUCGUAUCCUAAAUUCUUGGACUCGGUGUUCAGAUACGAUUCCGAGCACAGACCCGUCCUCGGUAUGCUAGUCAGUGACCUCAAUAAGGCGCUGGAUGCCAGGCGGCUUUGAUUCAUCGAGGACAUCGGGACGUCGACGCGGGCGGUGGCGACGACGAAUCGUUUGCGAGGCGGAUAUCUCUAUCUUUCUCGGCGACGGUUUCGUGGAUCGUGAUCGAUGAUGGACGAAUCGCGAAGAUGGGAAGCCGCGACGACGAGAAGACGGCGAGGAGAUCACCGUAUAUAUACAUUUACACACACACACACACACACACACACACAUACGCAUGAGAUUCGCCGAACGUUGUUUCGUACACGCUGUAGUAAACUGGACGUACCGCGUACUGUCGGUGUGAUCGGAGGAGUUUGGGAAGCAUUACGAUUUGGAUUACAAAUUUUAUAAGUUACACGACUUACAAGUCAGAUUACAAAUUACAAGUUACAGAUUACAAGUUGCAUAUAUAGACUUUCUGUCCGGUAUUUAUUUUCUUGUUGGUAACGAUAAUAAUGAUAGCGCAAUUGAAUGUUUUGAGUAAUAACGAUGAAUGUAAUCGUCACUUUUUAUCGUGACUUCGCGCAUGUAAAUUACACGAACGUGUAUGAGAUGGGCGGUAGCGAGUCGUGAGAGGUUUUCAAAAAUUGAUGAAAAAAAUACCCAGACAGAGCGCAGUGUACUAGAGUCUAAAAGUGUAAAAGAUGUCUCAAAGACUUCUAAGUCUUGGUCUACAAUCUUGCUUUAAGCUCUAAGCCGUAAGCAACUGACUAAUCACAGUCGAUUAUUUUCUUUACGUCUUAAGUAUAAUCGACUGUAGUUGGUCAAUUGCUUCCGGCUUAAAGCUUAAAGAAAGAUUGAGGGCCAACACUAAGAAACGUCCUAUUUCUUUCAGAUAUUUCUUUCAGAUCUUUAAGAUUUAACAUAUUUUAGUGAUUUCUGCUGUCCGGCUAACAGAAAUUAUAAUGAUAACUUGUGAGUGACGGUAACGAUAACAAGUUAUUUUUUUCAAAAUGAUUAACAGUGAUAAGUGUCGCUUUCAAGACGUAACUUCCCCAACUCCGGUGACAACGUAUAGCUUGUCGUAGCGAUAGAUAGUAAACAGGUGUUUUUCUUGCUCGCGACCACCCGGAAGCUGGUGUCCGGCCACUGCGUGGUCGGGUCACGCUCACUGAUUUUUACGCAAUAAUCGUCUAAUAUUCCGCUUACUUUAAGAACAUCUUUCACCCGCCUUACGUAUCAACCGGCGUACGUACAUAUGAAUGUAUAUACGAGUAUAUGUAUAUUACAUUUGCGUUGGGUUACACGCGCACAUACACACGCGCAGGAUACCACUUGUCGGUCCACACCAAAAAAGAAAUAACGAGCUUACACUCAUGUGCGGCCCGAUAUCGGGAGGAUGAGACGUCGACGCGCGAGGCCGCGUGUUCCCUCGAAAUCGUGCAUCGGGCUUGACACUAUCGAUUAUCGUCAUUUUCAUCUUUUUUAACUUUAUACACUCGAAGAAGAUACAUAUACUUUCUCUAGGAUUUGAAUAAAUCCUCAUAGUGUAACUGUAAAAUUUAUUCGAGAAUAUGACAACAUAUCAUUCUGUAUUCUCAUUUUACGCGUGCCAGGGUCAACUAACUCCCUCAUACGUCGAGUUUUAUAAUCUUUGUAACUUGUAGACAAAAAUCGUGAAACGAUCGUGGUACGCGAUUUCGAAGAAUGACCAUAUUAACAAUAUCAUUUACGAUGAUGCGCGCCACGGAAUUCCAGAAGCUGAGGUACAUCUUGCACAAUGGCUGCGUUCAGCAAAGAGAGAGAGAGAGAGAGAGAGAAAGCCGCUUUGCAACUGUUAUAACAUUCGUGAAUUUCAUUGGUAUAUACUCACAGAUUUUAUCAAGGUUAAAAGCAGAGUAUAUAGCAAUCAGAUUGCAGCAAUCGCGAAUUUUACAUCCGAUGAUAUUUCUCUGCUGAACGCGGCCGACGAAACUCGCAAAAGUCAUUCCAGGUCGCGGAGUCGGAUAGCCAUUCGCCUUGGUACAAUUUUCACUCGCGAUCGUGAUUACAUGAAGUUACCUACUUACGCCUAGGCGUUUUAGAUUUAAUUAUAAUUCAAUUAUCACCACUUGUGCGCGAAUGUGGCGUUCCCGCAUUGCGGUGCGUCGUGGCUGAACAUGCUAAACGCGUGCGGAGUGCGGAAAGAAGUGCUCGGGGUCGGGCUCGGUUUAGAUCUGGUUCGCGGUUGCGCUCGACCAUCGCGUAUCGACGCGUAUCGUCCGGGUUGUCCUUCGUAUUUAAAACCACCCGGUAAUAGCGUCGCGUGCAACGGAUCCUCUUUGCGUCGAGCCGACGGUCACGCGACCAAGUACCCCUAUAAUUUCCCAGUGCUAUUUCGCGUUUGGAUCAUAACGCGACCGCUGAGAGACGAGAUUCUAGGACUCGUAUUAAUAGUUGUUACUCGAAAGCUGUCCUACGUGAAAUACUCAAGUCUGAAUUUAGAUGAGUUUUUUUACUUGAAUUAUAUAAUGCAAUUUUUCGCCAAAUUUUCCGCGAAAAGAAGGCAAUCGAGAUCUGAAACACGGCUAUUCCUCUUGACGAGCUUGACGGCACAUCCCGCACAAAUGCGACCGACCGCCGAGUGAAGGACACGAUGUACGAGUAGGUAGUGUAUAUUCAUAAAAUAUUCAUAACAUAUGAAUGUAUGCUGCAAUAUAUCUGUAAUGUAUGAAUAGAUUGGCACCGAUCCGAAUAGCGAGCGAGAAGUUUGCACCCGUUGGAGAGAUCCCGCGACGCGUUGCGUUCUGAUCGCGACACACAAUCCACUAUUGUUACAACACUCUUCCCUCUCUUCCACUUGCGUGCAAGUGCGCAUUUUUUUACAGGAUCGAACGGUGUGAAACAAUUCCCCUACAUAUCCAAUUCGUUCGCCAUCAGAUAUCCCUCGGACAUAUAUACACGCACGUACAGAGUGAGACAUUCGCGUAGGGGAGGAAAAGGCACGACUUUGUCUCGACACUCCAUGCGCAUUUUGUACGCGAUAUACAUCCACGUUUACACGUUAUUUGUGACGAUUGUCGAUAUUAAGAGAAAAAUGUUGUAUGAACGAUACAUCACGAUAUUAAUAAUAAAUUAUUACUAAUAAACACCAUCGA